AUGAGUACAUCACCAGUCACCCCAGUAAACAGUGGUAGUAUGAAUCAAAGCAUGGAAUCAUUGCCAUUGCCUUCAACUCCAAUUGGAAAUAGUAUGAUUAUUAUAGGCGUUUUUCUAGCUAGUGUUUGUAUUGGUACAGUGUUGGGUAAUCUCUUAGUUGUUUUAGCUAUUGGUUUGGUGAAAAAAUUACGAACGCCGAGUAAUUUCUUAAUUGUUAGCCUAGCUGUAAGCGACCUACUCGUCGGCCUAUUAGUUAUACCACUUGCCACACUGAAUGAAGUACGUGGUUACUGGCCAUUAGGAGAAGGCAUGUGUGAUAUGUACAUUUCAUUUGAUGUAUUAAUGUGUACAGCGUCAAUUUUAAAUUUAUGUGCCAUAUCAAUUGAUCGAUACUUAGCUAUUACACGCCCCUUACAAUAUGCUGCUAAACGUACACCGAAACGUAUGAUGUUAAUGAUAUUAUUAGUAUGGUUAUUUUCAGCUUUGAUUAGUAUACCACCAAUGUUUGGUUUUAAAGAACCAUUUGUACCUGGUGUAUGUCAGUAUAGUUCAAAUAUGAUAUAUCAAGUUUAUGCUACAUGGGGUGCAUUUUAUAUACCAUUAAUCGUAAUGCUUGUAUUAUAUGGACGUAUAUUAAUGUUGGCGCGUCAUAUGGCACAAGCAGAUGCUAAACAAAAACUUGUCACAGAAUCUGUAACAAAAUCGUCUACAUUUAAUCAUACACAAUAUAAUGCACACAGUUCACUUGAAAGUGAUAACAAUAAUGAACAAUUUAAAACUGAACAAUUUCAAAGAUUAAACCAAUCUACAGAUUAUAAAUCUAAUGGACAAAUAAAUAAUGUACAGAAUAAUAAUAGUAUGCUGACUAAAGAGAAAUAUCCUCUGCCUCCAUCAGAAUUAUGCCGACGGCGAAAACCCCGUCCACUGAGAAGAUUUAGUUAUCAUGGGGAAGGUAAUCAAAAAUCGUCAGAUAUGUCGACGACACAAACAGUCAGAAAGCCCCGUGUUGUCUCUGAAAGUUCUUCUAUGCUCUCGUCUAUUGAACAAUUUGAACAACGUGUUAAAGAGUUAAGACAGUUGCGAGCGGAGUUUUUCGCUGCACCGUAUACACGACACUCGAUUAGCAUUAAUUUGGCACAUUUAAAAAAUCGAAGUAUUCAUAAAAAAGAUGAAAAUUUAAAUUCCGUAACUGUAUCAGAUCAUACUGCUAAUUACAGUAAUAAUAACAUUACUAAUCAACCGAUGACACCAAUGUCUAAAAAUGACACAUUUCAACUAACUGAUACAAAUCGAUCAAGAAAUUCAAUAUUCUCCCCACCACUUCUUUCGAUUUCUCAUUAUUUUGAUGAAUCUAGUCAUAUGAAUAGUUUAUCUCAGAUUUCUGAAGCUGCUCCAAAUCUAUACACACCUAACACUGUCAACUGUGACAAAUAUAGCAGUAAUCUUAUAAGUCCUGAGGAAAUAAGUUGUAAUAUAAUGAUGUCAUCACAGGAGACUACACCACUGAUAGUCAGUGGGAUGGGUACAUUUUCCACUUCAGCGACAACAGUUAGUGGUAGGAGAGAUGUUUAUUCCCCACCUUCAUCUUCCGGUACACCACCAUUAUCGACAAGGUUAGUCGCGACUGGGCUUAACCAACCACAACCACCAACAAUGUCAAUGCAUGUAGCACGACCACGGCAAAGACCCUUUCAUACACCUAGAAGAUCGUUCACCACGGCGAAUGAAUACUUGCACAAAAAUCGUCCAUUUCUCUUAGGUUUACCUGAUUAUACAAUUGAUCGACGAUGUAGUACACCGUCUACUUCGCAUAAUUUCCCUUGGAAUCAGAUUACUGGUCGUCAUGUUCGAAAGGAUGUACAACGUUCAUUGGGACAAAUGACAAAUACACGAACUACAACAACUACAACCACUAUGACUAAUGAUAAUAACAAUAAUAAUAGUAAUGUUGAUAAUCAUGGCAAUAUUACAAGAGCUAGUAAUACACUACAGCGUAAAAAAUCCUCUGAUUACGAUCAGAUAUCAAAUUUUAAUGUGACAUCACAUCUAGGCAGUCGUACACCAAGUUGGGCUUUUGCUAAAUUGCCAGUGAAAAAACGCCAUUCACGUCAUCAAAAUGAAUCGAAGGCGGUUAAAACACUUGGAGUUAUUAUGGGAUGCUUUUGUCUAUGCUGGUUACCAUUCUUUAUUAUUGCUCUUGUUGAUCCAAUAAUCAAAGUGACAACUGGACGUAAUCUUGAAGUCCCUGAUGUGGUGAGAAGUAUAUUCCUUUGGUUAGGUUACUUUAAUUCAACCAUAAAUCCAGUUAUAUAUGUAAUAUUCAAUCGGGAUUUCCGUCUACCAUUCAGAGAAAUACUAUUAUGUCGGUGUCGUGGAAUAAACGCCCGUUUGAGAUCACAAAAGUAUGCUUUGGAGUAUGGCGUAGCCACUUCUAAUGCAAGUGGAGGCGGUGUAGCUGGAGGUGGUGGUGGCGGCGGGGGACCACCAUUAAUCAAUAACGAGAAUAAUAAUAACAGCUCACUUGCUGGUAUUGGUGGUGUCAGCGGCAGUAUAAGCCUACAGAACAAACGAAGGUCACAGAUCAAUACAUGCAAUAGUAAUAAUAACAACGGUAGUUACUUUGAUCGUCUACGAAGUCAUACUAAUCUUGGCUAUAGACAGUCAACUCAGAUAGAUAACCUCAACCUACCAACUGGUCGAUAUAAUCGCCGUCAAAGCGGUUCUGUUUCAUUCUAUCGAUGA